AUGGAUAAAAACCUGCGAAGAAGCGAAAGAGCUAACGCUGGUACAGUCCCAAAACGAUUCGAUAGUUUCACCGUCAAUCUUCCUACCCUGGUGGACAGAGAAAUGCUCCGUACACCCCCGCCGCAUGUGCACCCUCGGGAACAGUCAUCCGAUCUUCCCAACAAUGACCAUCCAUCUGGUAUCGAAGAUAAACAGGUAGGAAAAAGCGUGGCUUCAGGAAAAACUGGCCGAAGUUCACGAGUUAGUAAAUAUUCGUCGUUGUCGAGCGCUUCUUCGAAACGAAUCAGAGAAUUAGAGUUAAGACAGCAGUUAGAAGAUGAGGAGUACAGGUUAUCUCUAGAACAAGAUAGGAUACAGGCUGAGGUACAGUUAAAAGAACUGCAAAUUAAAAGAGACUUAGAGCUAAAAAAGCAGCAGAAGCAGGUUGAGUAUUUGAGGAAAAAGCACGAACGUGAAAUUCAAAUGGAUGAGUUGCGAUCUCAAUCCGAGGUAUCGAGUCGGGCGUCAAGCAAAAGUAGUUUGUCCAAUCGGGUUAAUGGUUGGAUGGAGGGUGUGGCAACUGCUAAUCAAACGACGGAUCAACAAAAUCCUAUUAUCGAGACCUUCGGAACGGAGUUUCCAGUACAACCUGUACCAAGCUUGCACCCAAGAGGCGAGGAUGGUCAACCUAAUGCUGCAGCGGUGACGGACGUACUCUCCCAGGCCUUCAAAGCUUUGCAGACAAGACAGAUAAGAGAGCUGCCCACGUUCAACGGUAGCAUCAUGGACUGGCCGAUCUUCGAGAAUGAGUUCAAAACCUCAACUGCUGAGUUGAAACUGACCAACCGUGAUAACCUGCGCAGACUCAAUACCGCAUUACAAGGAAAAGCGCGUAGAGCCGUUGAAGCCUUGUUAUCGUCAGCUGAAAAUGUGGAACUGAUCAUGAAGAUGUUGAAGUCAAACUUUGGUCGAACGGAAUGGGUUGUAGCCAACCGUCUCGAGGUUCUGCGAAAUCUGGAUUAUGUAAGAGACGGAAAUAUUGAAUCAUUCAGAUUUUUCUACAACGCUGUAGUUGGUACGGCAACCGCACUGAAAAACGUAGGAGCAGAAAUGUAUUUGUUGAAUCCUGAACUCAUCGCACAUCUCACCGAAAAAUUGCCAAGCUUCAGUAGGCAAAUGUGGAUCCGUCACAAGGCAGAGCUCCUGAGAACAAGUGAGGUAGUCGACUUCCAGGCAUUUUUGCGGUGGUUGGAGGAUGAAAUGGAGAAUCAGCUAGCAAGCAUUAAUCCAACGUUUGCAGGACGGAAACCAGCAUCGAAUCCGAAACCUAAGGCACCAGUUCUACAUGUCAGUAACGAGGAUGGGGAAACCAAGUGUCCCCUAUGCAGCGCAACAGAUCAUUUUUCGUUGGUAAAAUGCGAAAAAUUUCGUAGAUUAUCUGUGGAGCAACGUCGGUCUGCGGCUAGGAGCUGCAAAGUUUGCUACGUCUGCCUUAAGAAUGAUCACAAUCGUCAAAAGUGUCCAUCGUCAAAAACUUGUGCAGUGUGCGAUAAGAAUCAUCAUGAGUUGGUGCACUCUGGUGAUAAUCCGAGACAGCCGUCACAAAAGCCGGAUAUCCAAUCCGAAACGUCCGAGAAUCUGUGCCACGUAGCUGCAAGAAGUUCGAACACAUUACUCCGUGUUGGGAAGGUCAGAAUACGAAAUGGAAGUGAAAUUCAUGACGUAUUCGCUUUGUUCGAUGAAGGAUCGUCCAGUUCUUUGAUCGAUGCUUCGCUGGCAGAUAGGAUGAAGUUAUCUGGACCGGUGACGCCCGUCACAUAUCGUUGGACAAAUGGAAUCACACACAGAGAUGAAGAUUCGAUGAUACUCUCGCUUCAAAUAUCCGGCCCGAGCGAGCAAUCGUCUUGGUAUCAGCUCAACAACAUGCGGACAAUCAAAGGUAUCAAUCUACCGCAAAUAAAUCUGGAUUUAGACAAGAUACAACGCUUGUAUCCGAUGGUAGACGACGACAAACUAGAAGCUAUACAAGGUGCAGUGCCGCAGAUACUAAUUGGAUCCAACAACGCUGGCCUCAUCGUACCUUUAAAAACUAUCCAAUACACACUACAAGGACUACAACUGACACGUUGUCAUCUAGGCUGGACAAUUCAUGGUGAAAUCGAACCGAAAGAAGCUGAUACCUCCGAACAGAUCCACAUCCUCAUGAGCUCAGAGACAACUGAUAUGGAUCUAACAAACUUGGUCAAACAGAUGUUCAAGGUGGAGGAUUUCGGAAUUACACGUCAAGAUCCAAAAAUGUCAGAGGAAGAUGAACGCGCCCUGGAUAUAAUGAACCGGACCCUGAAACGUCGUGGCAAUCAUUUUGAAGUGGGACAGCUGUACAAGUACAACAACUUCACUUUUCCAGACAGUAAGCCGCAAGCCCUACGUCGCCUGCAGUGUAUGGAAAAGAAGAUGGACACUGAUUCACAAUUCGCCGACAAGUACUGCCAGAAGAUACAAGAGUAUUUGGAUAAAGGAUAUGCUCGGAAACUGGACCCAGCUGAACUAGGAGAGACUGCCAAUACUUGGUAUCUCCCACACUUUUGCGUAACCAAUGCUAACAAGUUUAGGUUAGUCAUGGACGCAAAAGCGAAAUCACACGGAUUCUCACUAAACGAUCUUUUGUUGAAAGGUCCAGACUUCGUUCCAUCGUUGGUUUCUGUGUUGAUGCGAGGACGCAGAAAGAAAAUUGCAUUCAUGGCGGACAUUAAAGAAAUGUUCCACCAGGUUCACAUACGUGCAGCGGAUCAGAACUCUCAAAGAUUCUUCUGGCGUGGUAUGAACCGAACACACACCCCUGAUGUGUAUGUGAUGAACGUGAUGAUCUUCGGAGCGGUGUCGUCUCCAUCAAUAGCACAAUAUAUUAAGAAUUUCAACGCCAAGGAGAUAGAAGAGCAACUGCCUGGAGUGGAACGCGCCAUUGUGGAACAACAUUACGUGGAUGAUUUCUUCGAUUGUGCGGAUUCAGAAGAGGAUGCAGUCGAGCUUAUCCACCGAGUAAUUACUGCACAUGAGGAAGGAGGUUUCAAGUUGGUGAAGUUUCGAUCAAAUUCCGAAGCGGUGAUUCAGUCCAUUGACUCAUCGCUCUGUGCAGACAUCAAUGAUGAACAAACGUGUGCAAAAAUACUUGGAUUGAACUGGGAUUUAACAUCCGAUGAAUUCGUUUUCUCGAUGGAGUUUCCUCAAUUGGACAAAUCCUUCCGGUCUGGUGAAGUAAUCCCUACGAAGCGACAACUGCUCAAGUUCAUGAUGAGUAUAUUCGAUCCUUUGAAUAUUUUGAGCCCGAUCACCGUCCAGCUGAGGAUUAUUUUCCAGGAACUUUGGCGUCUACAGAUCGGUUGGGAUGACCUGCUGCCUGACGGUCUGGUACCAAAGUGGAAGGAGUGGCUAGUAGAAACAGCAAAGCUGCAUGAAGUUCGGAUUCCAAGGUAUUACUUCCCAGGACUUGCAACUUUCGGCAGUGCUGACCUUCACGCAUUCUGCGAUGCAAGCGAUAAAGCCUUUGCUUGUGUAGUCUACUUAGUUCAUCGGUGUGGUGAGAAAUCAAAUGUGUCCCUCGUGAUGGCGAAAGCUAAAGUGGCGCCUUUGAAGUCGCAGACCAUCCCGCGAUUGGAGCUACAAGGAUGUGUGCUAGCCAGUCAGAUGGGAUUGGAAACAGUGGUCAACAAUCUACGGCAGCGGUACCGCAUAUUAAAAAUGAAGUCACAAGUGAAGAAGAUGAUACGGGGAUGCAUUAAAUGCCGUGAGCUUCGUGCCAAACCAUGCGUGGCACAAAUGGGGAACCUACCACCUGAACGAACCUCACCUGGUGUAUUUGCAUUCUGUUAUACGGGCAUUGACUAUUGUGGUCCUUUGACGGUGAAGGUGGGCAGACAUCUAGAGAAACGAUGGAUCGUACUAUUCACCUGUAUGACAAGUCGAGCUGUCCACUUGGAGAUCGUGCCUUCAUUGGACACAAACAGCUGCAUCAUGGCGAUUCGAUGCUUCAUGUCUCUGCGAGGUGUUCCGAAAAAGUUGUUCACAGACAAUGGAACAAACUUCACUGGAGCUAACAACGAGAUGAAGAAACUGAUAGAGCAACUGGAUCAACGACAAAUGGAGGAAACGUUGAGUGUCAGAGGAGUCGAAUGGUCGUUCAUACCGCCCGGAGCCCCUCACUUUGGCGGAUGCUGGGAACGCUUAUCCAGUUCUACUCUGGGUCGGGAGGAUGUUGGAAACACCGAUUCAAAUUUGAAUUCGAUCCAAGCAAUCACAUGUUAG